AUGGAAAGGACGACACUGUUACAUGAAAUCCUGUCGAGUCGGGAUGUUUGGAUUCACUUGUUGGAAAUGCUUGAAGUAAAGGAUUUACUACUCUCUAUGGCAUUGGUGAAUAGAGAUCAUUACCAUCUUGUUCAUGGAAAUUAUUUGAUGAAUUUUAUAUUGCAUAGAGAUUUUAAAGAAUUAAUUCUAAAUCAUGAUGAAUAUUCCUCGGAAAAUAAUAAUGGCAGCCUUAAUGGCAAUUCUAGCCAUAUGGCAAGACCAAGUACCCACCAUCAUACAUCAUGCAAUUUUUAUGGUAUUAAUGAGAAUGGAUAUUAUAGAUUACCAGUUCCGAGUUGGACCGAGCAUUCAAUCAUCCCUCCAACUGUGUUUAAAACAAUAUAUUUACUACUUAAGAGUGAAUUGAAAUAUAGAAAUCAAUGUUGUAGAGGAUUUAUUUGCGACCGAAUUUUCUCUACCAUGUGGAGCUCGAAACUGAAAAGCAAUAUCGUUGAGUGUCGACAUGAUGAAAUGGUUCAAUGCAAGAUCGAUGAAUCAAUACCCAUAACCAACCAAACUGCAGCUAGCAGCUCAAAUGAAGUAUCUGCUGUUGGUGAACAAGUACUGGUGUCACGGGCAACACGUAAUUAUCAAUUUAAAUGCAAGCAAUGUGGAUUAACUCUCUUCACAACAGGUUUUCAUCCGUGUGAAAUUACAAAAAGUAUUUCGAGUGGAAACGUUUACUAUUGGCUACAACCAGGCCACAAGUAUCGAAUUGAAAAUGUUCAGAAAGAAGAUGAUGAAUGA